GAGAGCGAAUGAUCAUAAACACUUUGAUCUGUGAUCGUUUCACUGUGACUGGCGCUCACGUGACGUGCGUUUCCAUAGCAGCGCUUGUUGUGUAGCUAACAGUUAGCCAGGUUUAGCUGCUAUCUGAAGAUGGGCCCAAAGAGUCAACGACAGGCGGCGGGAAAAGGGAAGAAGUCCGCGGUGGUGGACGGUCUGUCCACAGAGGACAUGUCCAAGGACCAGCUGGAGGAGCACAUCAUCCGCCUGCGGGAGGAGCUGGAGCGUGAGCGCGAAGAGAGGAGCUACUUCCAGCUGGAGCGCGACAAGAUGCAAGCAUUCUGGGAAACGAGCCGCAGAGAGCUGGAGCGGGCGAGAGACAUGCUGAGACACAGGGAGAGAGAGAGGGAGGAGGCUGAGGAGCGCCACCGUGUGGAGAUCAAUGUGUACAAACAGAAGCUGAAACACGUUCUCUCCGAGCACCACGUCACGAUCUCCGAGCUAAAGAUAGACGCCGCCGCCGCCGCCGCUCUGACCCACGACCGGCACACGGAGUCUGAGCUCGGGCUCCGUGAGCUCGUUCAGAACCAGCAGGCAGACGCCAGAGACAAACGAUGCCACGACCAGAACUCCAUCAAAGAAGUGAAACUGAAACACAAGGUGGCGCUGCUGGAGCUGACCAACGACUACGAUCGCAGACUCGCGGAAAUCGAGGUCAAAUAUCACAAGAAGAUGCAGCUGAUGGUGGACACGGAGGGAAAGAGGCGGAGGGCAGAGGUCAGCGAGGUGGAGGACAGGAUGAACGCUCGCAUCGUGGCACUGAUGGACGAGCAUGAGCGAGCGCUGCGAGGAGUGGAGGAGUAUUACUCCGCCCUCCAGACCAAAGCGUUGGCAGAUGAGAAGACACUGAAGGAGGAGGCAGCAGAGGUGCAGAAGCAGCUGUCUGCAGUUAACAGCGCUCUGUCAGCAGCGCAGCAGCAGAACAAACGGCUCCGGGGUUCGCUGCAAGAAACACAACACAAUCUGUCCCAACUCCAGCGACAGCUGCGCGACCACAAGCAGGCCGGGGACGACAUGGUGAAGAACAGUGCUCGACUGAAGGUCGCUGAGAAGGAGUUGAGGGACUUGAAGGUGGAGCGUGAGCUGCUGCUGCAGGCGUUUGAGCAGGUUCAGCAGGAACGCAACGAGCUGCUGAAGAAACAUACGGACACCAUCGUGGAGCUGCAGCAGAGGAGCGGGCUGAAGGAGCUGCUGCUGCAGAAGAAGUUGGAGGCUCUGACACAGACAGUGGAGAAGAACGAGGCUCAACUGUGCGCCGCGUUGUCUGCCACCGCUGCCACGGACCAGAACUCAGGCUGCAGAGCCGCCCACAAACUGGAGGAAAUCUUGGCGUCUAAACAUGUCGCACUCGGCACCGUGCAGGAGGAUCUGUCUCGAGAACGUCAGGAGUACGAUCGCCUGGUGCUCAGCUGCACGCAGACGCUCAACGCUCUCAACGUCCCGCGUCACGACUUCCCCUCCGCCAAGCAGAUCCUGAACGAGCCGACGCCCACUCGCUGAGCCGACCAAUCGUCUGCCGCCCCACGACAGCGGCUCAUGGUCCAGAUCCAGCACACACACUCAUUUCAGGGUCUGGAUCCUCAGUGAGAAACAUCACUUUAAUAUGAACUUCAUCACAAAACCAAUAAAUUAUC